AUGCCUCCACGGAUCCCCCCGGCGACGAAGCUCCCGCCAUCCGAUCUCUUCUUCUGCCCCUCGUGCUCGCUAUGGCGCCUCGGUGAUGCUCCGUCGUGCCUGUCCGCCCCGGCCGCAGCUCGCACGCGCGCGCAAUUCUUCGCGCGACGCCGCCAUGCCGCGACGCUGGCCUCCAGGACCGCCAUCAAUGCGCCCGUCGACGUCCCGCCGCGGCUGAAGGAGCUUCACCAGACAUUGGACGCGCUCAAGGGCCCCGCGGCCAACUACGUCAACCUGAGCCGGCUCCAGCUCGCGCUGCGGGGACUGGAAACCACGGACCCCGUCGUACGGAUAGCUGUGCUGAGCUUGGGCGAUCAGAGAGCCGCGCAGCGGCUCGUCCGACUUUUGCUCGCCGACCCGCUGGGCGACAAGGGCGUGUGGGAGAAAGAGCUUGAGAAGAAGGGUCAAGAUGAGGCCCAGGCCAUCUUGCUGCGGCAUGGCGACGAGACCGACGUCCAUCCCUACAACCCUCUGCUCCGCACCAUUUCCGUUCCCUCGAGAAUCCUCCAGAAGCACAAUAUCGAAAUCUUGAUAUCCUCUCUCAAUGUCAACACGGCCGCGCCGAGCAUCACGUCCGAGCAGGACAGACCAAAGGACGCCAUUCUCGUACCGACCUUGCGGACGCCUACGUCGGCAAGCGGCAGAUUGACAAUGGUCACUUAUCCUGUUCAUAGGGCCAUCGUCUUCGGCGAUGGUGUCAAGAGUACAGUCGCGUACGGACGCUUCACGGCUACGCAAGCGGAGCAGGACAUCCCGGCGCAAACGGUCAAGGUAGCACUGGGACUGCCAGCUCCUGCAGAGGAGGUGGACCAGAGCUCCACGGACAGAUAUGUCGUGAUCGACCCAGAGCUCGCCACGGAAGCCAUCGAAAAAUUCAGGGAGUCGAUAGCAAACUCGAUGAUUUACGAGCGAGGAUGGCACAGGAGCGGUCUGCAUGUACUGACCAAAUGGCUUGCGGAAGGAGCUGCCCCGGCGGACAUGAAGCCUGCCCUGGAGAACCUCAUUAAAUCUCUCCUCGCGGAUGCCCACGAAAACAUCAAGAUCGACGAUGCGCAGCGCCUGCAGGAGCUUGCAAACUCUGCCAUCUCCGAAGCUACCAAGGCCGAAAUUCUCGAAUCGCUUCGCGUGUGGGCUGAGCACGCACACAACGAGCUCCGCGAAAAGCUCGACAUGGCCUUCGCCAGCAAAUACUGGCACAAGAUUGCGUGGUGGAAGCUGCUCUGGCGCGUCGACGACGUCGGCAUGAUCACUUCGGACAUCCUGGAGCGGCGCUGGCUGACCGAAGCCGAGAAAGAAAUCGUCUGGGUCGCAGGCCGCAUCGAGGAAGCCGGCUUCUUCGCCGGCGACCCGCAAGCGGACGCCAUGCCCGAGCGGCGCAUGCUCAAGAGCACGGCGGUGCCGGUGCCGCGCCUUGGCGAGCUCCCGGAUGGCCCUCCCCGCCUCUCGGAGCUGAGGAAGUACGACGCCCGCCCCGCGGACGACAUUGAUGCCGCGAGCCUCCCCGAGCUCAAGCCCUGGCCGAUGCAGAUCCCGCUGGCGCGCGCGCACCUCUCGGCCACGGGCAUACCGCCGCUGCAGGCGCUGGCGCAAAAGCUGCUGCUGCAGACGGCGUCGACGACGACGAUGACGGGGGCCCUGAGCGCGCUGACGUACGUCUCGUUCUCGGGGGUGUCGGCGUUCGAGGCCGGCGCCGUGGCGGCCCUAGGCGCCGUGUGGAGUCUGCGUCGGAUGCAGCGGGUGUGGGAGGGAGCAAGGGCGAGGUGGGCGGCCGAUGUGCGCGAGAGGGGCCGCGAGGCGCUCAAGGACACGGAGGUCAAGGUCAGGGAUGUGGUGCGGGAGAGGGGUGCGGCCAAGGUGGAUUGGGGGGCGGGCGACGAGCGGACGAGAGCCCGGGAGGCGGUGGCGCGCGCGCGCUACGCGUUGGCGCGUGUGGUGGGGAGGUAG